AUGGGGAACGACUACACGAGGGAGCUGUCGUUCAGGACCAUCGGGUUUGGUAGCCACCGGAGGCGAAGGCCGGAAAAGGUGGAGUAUCGUUGUGUGCUCGGCGUCGCCGCCCACGGGCGGGCAAAGGACAAUGACGACGACGAAGAGGAUGACGACGACGAAGAGGAUGACGACGACGAGGACGAGGACGAGGACGAGGACGAGGAGGAGGAGGAGGAUGAGGAGGAAUGGGACGAGGAGGAGAGGGGAGAGGAAGAAGCCCUCGAGGCCUCGUCCGCCGUGAUGAUGUCCUCGGGCGUGUCGGUGGGAGCCGCCGAUCCCCCCGCGCCGGAGGAAGAUCCCUACGAGAAGGCCGCGUGGGGGGGUGCGUUUGUGGAGAGGGCGACGGCGAUGGAGUUCUCGCGCGCCAUGUACGCGCUGGAGCCGCUGGACCGAUUCCCGGACGACCCUGAGCACCGUGAAACCGACCGUAUGUGCGCGGCGAAGGUAACCGGCACCGGCGCUGCCGAUGAGGACGAGGGGCUUGUCGCCGAGCUCGGGGGGCGAGAAGGCGCCGUGGUCUCGCCAAGCGGCGGCGGCGCUGCCGCUGUUGCCCUCGAGGGUGGCGCUGCUGCUAGCCGCCGCGGUCACGCCGCGGCCAUCGGGACGAGGGGGGACGGCGGGGGCGACGCCACUGGUGCUGGCGAUGCCGGUGAGGGGGGGGGCAACCGGCAGGCGAGGCGACGGAGAGGGAAGCGGGGCGGCGGCGGCGGCGGUGGCGGCGGCGGCGGCGGCUCGAGAGGGAUGGGGCCGGACGAUUUCUUGAACAAGGUCGGGAUUGGCAGCAGGAAGAAGGGGCUCAACCUGAGGUUGACCCAGAACAUUCAUCAGCAGAAGAAGCCCCUCACGAGACUGGACGUCGUGGAGGCCGAGCAUGGGGAGCCCCGUCGCCGAGGGAGCCCCGUCGCCAAGGCGGAGCUGCUCAAGAGGCCCUACGGGGACGCCGUCUUCGAGGCCCUGCGGCGGACGCUGGAGCAGGAGGAGGCGGUAGUAGUACGAGGGGGGGCAGCAGAAGGCAGCGGCAGCUUAGGAACAACGACAGGAGGUGAUAACAGCGGCGGGGGUGACGUAAUCACCGGCGACAGGAUUUGGAACCGAGCGCCGGGGGUGAGCGACGAGGAGGAGGACCUGCGGCUGGAGUUCGAGCGCGUGGAGGCGGCAGCGAGGAGGACGGCCCUGUGGGCUGUGGCCCGCGGGCACAGGAAGGAGCUGGCAGACGAUGUCCGGGUGAAGUGGCCGGACGUCCUCCUGUCCAUGCGGUACCAGAAAAACCUACUCCGGAUGUACCGGGAGCGGGAAGCGGUGGACAACCACGAGGCUGCCGCUGCGGCGGCCGCCGCCGCCGCUGACGGCGGCAAGAGCUUGGCCUCUGCAAGGAAGCAGAGGCAGAAGGCGGAAGCCGGGGGCGGCAGCAAGAGCUCCUCCGCGGGAGGGUUUUCCACCGCAAAGAAAAAAAGGGCGGGAGAGGGGGGAGGGAGGCGUGGCGGCGGAGGCGGAGGCGGCGGUAGCAAGCGGCGUUCGUCCUCAACUUCCGCUUCUUCGUGUUCGGCGGAGUUCAUCAUGCCUCGCGACCACUUCCACGGACCCACAUUCCACGCGUUGCUGAACGAGUACCGAGAAGAGAACUCGGCCGCGGCCGCGAAGAAGCAGGAGGAGGAGGAGGAGCAGGAGGAGGAACGGGACGAUGACACCUCCGUUGCCACCGCUGCUGCUGCUGCUGCCGCUGGUUCCCCCGGCGACAAAGGGGCAGCAGGCAACAACAACAACAGCAACAACAACAGCAGUCCCGACCGAGGCAACACAGGAGGCGCGGACGCGGCGGGGGGGAUGACGCAGCCGAACGACGCAUCAUCGCCGCCCGUCGUUGAUGCCGCGGUGCCCCUUCCGAUCGACGCCUACCGGGAGGAGAUCCUGGAGCACGUCCGGAACAACAGGGUAACCGUCAUCCACGGGGAGACCGGCAGCGGGAAGAGCACGCGCAUCCCCGUCAUGCUGGUGGAGGAGGCGCUAGACCUCAUCGCGGAGGAGGCGGCCGCGGUGGCGGAGGCCGUCCGGGAGGGGGCCGGGGCCGGGGGGGGGCGGGGCACCGGGGUUGGAGGGGGCCGGGGGGGGAGCGGAAAAAACGGCAGCGGCGGAGGCGAGGAGGCAGGUGUGCAGGCGGGCGGGGAAGGCGACGGCGGCGGCGGUGGCGCGGAGUCUCCCGCAGGCGGCAUCGCUGCUGCUGCGCCGCAGGUAAAGCGGCCGAGGAUGUUCGUUUCUCAGCCCAGGAGAGCGGCGACGCGGGCGCUGGUGGAGAGGGUGAGGCAGGAGGCGGAGAGGUCUGGGAGGGGCUGGAGCGUCGGGCUGAGGCUCGGGCACGGGGUCCGGGAGGGACCGCCCAAGGCGGAGGUGACGUUUGCGACGACGGGCUACCUGGCGCGGCUGCUGGCGAGCAACCCGGGGGUGCUGGACUCCCACACGCACCUCAUCAUCGACGAGGUGCACGAGCGAUCCGUGGAUACCGACCUCCUGUGCCUGUUUGCCAAGAGGCUGGUCGAGACCCACCCCACCCUCCGCCUCAUUGUCAUGAGCGCCACCCUCUCGGCCAACCUCCUCAGCAAGUACUACGGACUCACGUCACCCCCUCUCUUCGUCGGGUCGAGGCGAUUCCCCGUCAGGCAAGUGUACGUGAACGAGCUGGCCCAGCGUCUCUCCUACCGCCGUGUGCUGAAGAAGGCCUGCGAGAGCAUCGAGCUAGCCACCAGCGACGCGACGGCCAGAGUCACACCCAAGGUGUUGAGCCUGCAGACUAACAUGGCGGUGCAAGUGGCGAGGGCGGUGGCGUCUCCGGGGUCCGCGGUGCUAAUCUUCGUCCCGGGCAUGGCCACCAUCCUCGAGAUCAUGAACCUCUUCGAGCUCAUCUCGUCCGCCCACGUCUCCUACAAGGCUAGUGUCCUCUAA